AUACAGCUGCCUCUUAUUGUGCCCUGACUGGAAGGAGAACAAACUGAGAGGAAAGACAGAAAUUCGGAACAGACUGGACUUUCAGACGAGGAAGAUAUUCGGCUCCAGGUUCUGGUUGCGGUCUGGCGUGGAGAUGAAGUUUGUCCUCUCAGCUCUGAGUGUUCUGCUCUGCUGCUGGUCGUCAUCCUCACACACACUGGACCCUACUGGGAAGAACGUCUGCCACAGUCUCAGAGACCCCUCCUCCCUUGUCUGUUGCACUGGAUGGCGUCAAGAAGGAAGCGAGUGCACUAUACCUGUGUGUGAGGGUGAGCAGGCCUGUCUAAAGGAUGAGAUCUGUGUGUAUCCUGGAGUGUGUCGCUGCCCACCUGGCUACUACGGAGCUCACUGCAAAACACGCUGUCCUCCUGAUUUCUGGGCGUCAGACUGUCGCCAGGUCUGUCGGUGCCACCCACACGGCCGAUGUAACCCUGUCACAGGUGAGUGCACCUGCAACCCCAAUCGCUGGGGUCCGCUCUGCCAGUACCCCUGCAAGUGCACCCGCCAUGGCCACUGCCACCCCAGCUACGGGAACUGCACCUGCGACCAGGGCUGGUGGACGCCGACCUGCUCCAAACCGUGCCAGUGCGUCAGCAACGGCUCAGUGGGCCCCGGGUGCGACCAGCUCACAGGUCGCUGCGAGUGCCUGAGAGGUCACUGGGGGCUUAAAUGCCCCGUCACCUGCAACUGCUACCUGUCGCUGUGUAAUAAGAGGACUGGUGUGUGUGAGUGUGAGGCAGGCUGGUGGGGACCCAGCUGUGACCGGCGAUGUAACUGUGACCUCACACACAGCAGCUGUGACCCUGGUAACGGGCAGUGCCUGUGCCAACCGGGGUACCAGGGUGGCUACUGUAACCAGCCCUGUGAAUCUGGAAAGUAUGGCAGUGGGUGUAAAAUGAGCUGUGGUUACUGUAAAGACAACCAGCCCUGCUCUGCCACUGACGGGGCCUGCGCCGCCUGUGAGCCCGGCUGGAACGGUACACAGUGCGACCGCCCGUGCCCGUCUGCUUUUUACGGGGACGGCUGCCAGGAGAAGUGUCCACAUUGCAGGAACGACGAGCCAUGUGACCCAAAGACAGGGGAAUGUUGGACGUGUGACCCCGGAUGGACAGGACCAAGGUGUGAGGAGGCCUGCCCCGACAGGAUGUUUGGAGAAUCCUGCCGCUUCCCGUGCAGCCCUUGCUUCCAUGGUAACUGCAGUCACGUGACAGGAAGAUGUGUCUGUCAGCCAGGCUUUCAGGGAGAGAGCUGUAACAGCAGCUGCUCUGCUGUGCAGUUCGGCCUCAACUGCUCCUCUGUGUGUGACUGUGGUGAGGAGGUCCACUGCCACCCAGUCAGUGGAGUCUGCCCCAACAGUGGCAGGAGUGCUGUACUUGCAGGAGUGUUGGUCCCUUUGCUGCUGCUGCUGUUAGCUGUGCUCUGCUGCUGUUUGUGUUGUGGAGGAGGCCCUGUUGACAGCAAAGACAGGGCGGCUGUGGCUGACGGAGGUUUGUCUGUUCGGAUGAAAUAUCACGUCUACAGCGUCCUGGCAAACAUGAGUGCUGCUCUGCCAUGUAUCUCUAACUGGUCCUCAGGUCUGCCUCGUGUCACCGUAUCUCACCAUGACCCAGAGCUGACCUUCAACCACAGCUUCAUUGAGCCUCCGUCCUCUGGCUGGGUGACUGAUGGGUCGUCCUUCGACAGUGAUGAGGAGGAGGGUGAAGCUCUCUACUGCGUCCCUCCAAGAGAAGACAUCCCAGCCUUGGCAGGCGGCGAGUUCCAGGAGAUGAGCUCAAAGUGUAACAUGUUCCUGGACCCAUCAGGCUUCAGCAGCGAGGACAUCACCUCACCCUUCAACAUCCCUCGCACCUCCAGCAUCGCCAAGUACAAGCGGCCGUCUGUCUCUUUCGCAGAGGGCACUCGCUUCAGCCCCAAAGAGCGCCGAGGAUCCGCUCAGGACCCUGGCGCUCUCCUUCGCAACAAACCCAAAUCCACCUGGGGAGUUUUGAUGCUCUCUGCCCUUCAAAGCCAGGGAGGUGCUGCUAGACCUGGGGACGAGGAUGCAGCAGGGGGCGAGGAAAAGGAAGAGGAGGAACUGGAUGAGCAGGCUACAGACAACCAGGAGUCUGGCUGUGAGGCAGGGAACCAGGAAGUAGACAGAACCUCAUCCCGAGCCACCUCACAGGUCCCAAGCUCAGGGGGAAGAAGACGGACUAUGUCCAACCCAGCUGCACAUAAGGGGAACCUGCCGCAAACAUCCGGCUGUGAUGCUCCGGCCGGGGUUUUAAAUAAAGUCACCACAGUGUACGUGACAGUGGGUAAAGCAGGGCGACCCGUCUCCGAUACGAGCUCUGAUGGCCCUGUUCAGGCCAUGCUGCGAAGACUUGGCAGCCUUCAGAGACAAAAAGAGCAGGAGUCUGGCAAGUCCAAAUCGAAGGGAGGUGAGGGGAUCACCAAACCACCCAGACGGAAGCUUGGAGUUCGGGCGAGUGUGUGGGAGGAGGGAGGGCCGUCGGGAGGGGAGGUCGCCAUUUGUAAACCUAUCAGGCGAAAGCAUGCUUCCCACAACUCCUCUGACACAGUGGCCCUUAGUGAAGUUUCACAAUCAGAAAAUGGCACCCCCAAACGACCGUUGUCCAUUUUGAAGAGCGUGCCAGAGCUGGCUGCAUCUGACCCAGGUCUGAGGGCUGUGGAUGAGGAUUCCAGUUCAGGAAAGACUGAGAGCAACUACUUUACUGUGGGACCGGCAGGAGACACUGCGAGUCUCACAGUGGUCAUCACCAACGAAGGAGCGGUGGGCAGUGUGACUGAUGAACCCUGCUAUGAAAAUGUCAUGAUCAACAACUUGUGACCUCUGACGAACCACGUCAUCAGCAGGUAUGAUUCCAACAGAUGCAUAUUUAUUUUUACUACUGUAGAUAUCGGCUAGCAGACCAUGGAUUUUUGAAUUAUGGUGUAAUCCUGUUUAGCGGUUAUCUAAAAGUGCAGCUUACAUCAGGAUAUUCAUGCAUAGACAAUAUAGAAUGAACAUUAACAAAUAUAUAGUUAGGGUAGAACACAAAUACUAAAGAGUAUCAGGUGUGGUAUUUGGAUCAUUUCAAGAUAACCACUUGUUGCAUUUAUCACCUCUAUUUUAAUAUGGAUAUUUUUUGCUUUUGUUUGCACCAGUGUUUUGUUAAGUGUAUACAAACAAGUACUGUAAAACAUUUAACCUAGAAAGUAGAGAAUGUCAAACACCUACUCUCUGGAUUGUAACAGAAUGAUGAGAACAAAUGGGUUUUAUUUAUAGAGAGUUUUUCAUAUCAAAAGUCAUAUUAACAUGCUUCAAUAGACAACAGUUUUUCUAUCACACAUGGCUAACAAUUAAAGGGUAAUGUAGGAUCCAGUGUGUUGCCCGAUGACAUUCAAGCAUGCAGAUCGGAGGAGCCAGGGAUGAAACCAUUAACCUUCUGGUUAGUAGCAGUGUUGUGCAUGAAAGAACAGAUGCGAACACAGGCAGACAAAUUUGUAAGCUAUAAAAAACAAUACAAAUAUAUAAUAAAAAAUAUCAAAAGAGUCCUGUAGUGAUAGCAUAUCAUGCCAUGUCGACAGAAAUAAACAUUAAUGAUGUCCACAAUCGGGGUGAUUCUUACCUCUAUAUUGUUCUUUCUUCUCCUCCACUACUUUGCGGUGCUUUCUGAAUUGUGCACCUGAUAAUUUAAUCUUUUUUUGAUUAAUCUUUGACUCUAACCGCAGUCUAUCACCGCAGCGUGUAUGUCAGGGACACACCUGAGGCGGAAGCGCAAAUUCUGUGCGAGCCGCCGCCUGACUGUUCACACAGCGAGCCAUCCAGGAGGAUGUUUUAGAUUCCGACAGUAAAGGCAAGAGGUAGUGAUGGAUAAGAGCUGAACUAUGAACUAGUUCAGAAUUUAAAUGGUGAACUAUGAACGUGAACUAUUCAUGUUUAUUUGUAUGAACUGAACUUUGAACUAGUUCAUGAGUGGUGUGAACUUGCACAACACUGGUUAGUAGAUGACCUGCUUUACCUACUGAGCCCCAGCCAUCUCAAACAAAUGAUCCAAAAAUAAGCUGUGGAGAAUUCUAUGCUGUUAAAUGGAAGUGAGCACAAUGAAUGAGAUUUGCUGAUGUUUUAUUGAAACACAAAUAAGAACAAACUUGACUCCGUACACAGAAUGUGCAGUAGACAAAAAACAGUUACAUUUACCUGCUUCAUUCUGUCAAUACAUUAUAGUGUUCAAUUUUGCUCUGUUGCACUAAUCAGUAAUGUGAUAAAACUGGAAUUGUAAAACUGUUUUAGUGUCCUCGAGCAUGAGCCCAGCUGUCAAUGAACUCUGACCUCUGAUGUGAUGUCACAUUUCUGCUGUGUGAAAACAUAAUCACUUUUCUUCUUCUCAAAUUAUAUGACCCCUCCUGCCCCGCCCCUUAUUGUUUUAUUAUAUUUCACCACUGUAUAUAUGUUUACAAUUAAUAACCAAAGAAUGAAAUAAUGAAUCUCUUUCUGUAGAUACAUGAUUUAGAAAACAUCUUUGUGAUUCUUUGUGAGCUUUUGAAUGGAGGCAGUGUUACGAUCUCCUCAAUUGUUACCACACUGGAGACUUAAAUGAAAAGCUGUAAAUGUAUAAAACAUUAAACCUUUAACUGUUACAUAUAAACAUAGUUUUUUUUAUAUCAGAGCGGUUGUGUUGAUGAAGUAGGUGAACUGAUGACCUGCA